UAGAGUGGUCUUUAAAACAAUGGGAACAUCAUGGCAAGGGCUGUGUCCUGCCCUUGUUUUAGUUUGGGUUGUCUGUGGUGCUCCUGCCCUUGGAUUAGGCAAUGGUUUUCUGUAUCCUGAUGCAAGUAAUUCUAGAGUGGAGAGGAAAUUGGUUUUUGAAGGGAAUUCAAACCAUAGAGUUGAUGGGGGUGCAUAUUCUGACCAUGGUGUGUAUUCUGAAGAGCAUUUCUAUAAAACUUAUCGAGGCUACAGUAUGUCUGACAUGUCCAUUCCAGCAUUGGCACCCAAGUACUACAAUGAGCUAUCAUUUCGUGAAGCUUAUUCUAGUGAUUUAAGUCCCUUCAAGAGUGCGCCUGAAUUUAUCAAUAUGGCUGCUGGUCAGGAUUCUUCUGAACUUGUAAAUGAAGAUCUGGGUGUGAAAGCUGCAGAUGACCACCUUUGGGAUGAUGUCUUAACAGAUGUUACUCCACUCUUGGUAUCCGAUGUGAACUGGAGAGCAGAUCCUCUUGACAAUGAAAGUUCAUUCUUUAACCUUUAUGGUGUGUUCAGUUUGACUAAUCCAUCCUUUGCCAGCCUUCGACAAAGUCCUGGCUUCAUUUUGCCUCCUAAAAAUGAAUCCUCUUGUGGUAAAGAUCGAGCUCAUCAUCACCACCACUCUCAUUCUGUUAAAUGCAAUAUGGCUAACAUGACUGUUGUUUUCAAAGGACAUCAACAGGAGCUCUUUGUACAAGCCCACCCCUCCACAGUUUUCAAUGUAUUUAAUCUUCUGCAUAAGUGCAAGUAUGAAGUAAAGGAGAAAAAUGGGUCUUUCCAGUUUACUACUUCAUAUAAUGGAUGCUAUGUCAAGAAACUGGGCGACUGCUUUGUCCUCAACCUUGUAUGGAAAAACAAGCCAGUGGUUCUGUCUUGUCCUGCUGAACCCACACCAUCAUUACUUACUUUUUGCCAAAGUGACAAAAUGACCAUCGUCCUUCCUGAAGGUCCUCUAGACCUGCUGAAAGUCCAAGACCAAUUCAAUAAUUGGAUAACCAUUCACAAGAUUGCACAGCAGUGCAAAUACCUUAUAUGGAGGGAUUCGUUGGGCAGAAUUGUCUUCUUGGCUUCUUAUAAAGCCUGCCAUGUGAAGGAAACGAAGGAGGAAUAUGUCCUCGUAGUAAGGUAUGAAUCUGCAGGAGUCCCUGGGCAGGUUGUCAUGUCUUGCCCUGUUGAAAGCCAUGUCCAGCAUCCUCAUCACUAUCUGGAUUUCCCAGCUGCGCUGUGUGGAAAGAAUGGCAUUAUAAUUCGUCUCCCAAAACAGAAUUUGCAGGCAAUUCAACUGAAAGAUGUAUUUGGAGAUUCCGUGAAUAUUGAGAAUGUUGCAGAAGACUGUGACUUCAGGGUCAUUCGUGAUAAAGUCUCGGUCGUAUUAUUAGCUUCUUUUGAAAGCUGCAAUGUGAAAUCGCAGGGUAAGCAUCAUCUGCUGACUGUUUGGUAUGUAAUUUCUGGAAUGACCAAAUUGGUCCAUGCACAAUGCCGUCAAUUGCAGAAGCCAAGGAUUCAUUGCAAGGCUUCGAGCAUGACACUAGAGGUACCCCAUGGACCCCUGGGGAAGGUCUUCAUAAAAACUCAACUGAAUCAGUUGGUUGCAGUCAGAGAUGCUCCCAAAUACUGCAGGUACCAUUUGGUAAGAGACCGUGAAAUGAACCUCCUGAGUGCAUCUUACUUGUCCUGUGAUGUUAAAACUGUGAAUUACAACUAUGUCUUGCCGGUCUUCUAUACGUCGGCUACUGGUAAGCAAGGUUCUGUAAAUAUGGAAUGCCCAGCAACGACCGGAAAACCUAGGGUCAUCUGCAGAAGGUCCAUUAUGACUGUGUACUUGCCAAAUGUUCCACUGGAACAAAUCCGACUCAGAAACCAUCAUGGAAAGACUGUCCCCAUCGAUGCUGCCAAGCACUGUCAUUACAUUUUAAUGGAAGGAAACCGCCACCUGAUUUUCACCACUUCCUACAAGGCCUGUGAUGUACAAAUAAAGAACAGGCAUUACAUUUUGACUGUGGUGUAUGGAAGUGACACAAAGGGCGAGGCAUCUGUUGAGAUGAAAUGUCCAGUUGAAGAAACUGAGAAUAUUCCCACCCAGUCAGUGACUUGUGGCAAAUCUGGAAUGUCUGUGAUGCUUCCAAAGGGUUCCCCAGAGGAUGUGAAAAUCAUUGAUAAUCUUGGUAUUGACGUUGCAGUGAUAAAUGUGCCAAAACAUUGCCAGUACAUGUUGGAAAAGCAUUCCAAUGGAAGCGUGUCUUUCACAGCCCAUUAUAGGAGCUGUGAUGUUAAAAUGCAGGGGGGCUUUUAUAUGUUAACUGUACUCUACAAGCCUUUGAGUGGCCCAAGGUUGGUUGGACACAUGAGGUGUCUAGUGAGUGACCACGGCAGCCAUUCUCUCCAUGACUUUCCAUUUGUAAUUUGCGAGUCAACCAAUAUGAAGGUGCAACUGGCUGAAGCUUCAGCAGUCGCUGUUUUGGAUGCACAUGAUAAGGAGCAUAAUGUGCUCAAGAUUGCCAGGGAGUGUGGCUAUGAGCUAAAAGAGAAGGAUAAUAUGUUGCUCUUCACAACUACUUAUUAUGGCUGUCAUGUAGUAGUUUUGCAUGACCAUUAUUCUCUGACAGUGGUCUAUAAAUCCAUUGGUGGGGAGAACAUCUGGCUGCAGAUGAAAUGCCCAGUUCAAGCACAUCCAGGGCGGCCAACACCACCUGCUAUUGUGCCAACGAAACCCAUUCCAUAUGUGGCUUGCCAAAAUGCCAGUAUGACUGUGAUGUUACCAGAUUCUAAUCUUGAUGGGAUUACAGUCAAAGAUGCUUUUGGCCAAGAUGUAGAAGUGAACAGCGUACCAAGUUAUUGUGGCUACCUUUUGGUUAAAAAUCAUGGAAAAAUCAACUUCACAAUUCUUUAUGGUGCUUGUGAUGUUUCUAUUGAGCAUGGCAACUAUGUUCUGACAGUGGGAUAUAAAGUACUUCAUGGGCCAAAGAGGUACAUAACCUUAAGAUGUCCAGUCCCGGGCAGGCCAACAACUUCCCCUAUACGCAGUUCUACAGUCAUCUGCAGGAAAGAUGGCAUGCUUGCUGUGCUACCUGAUGGUCCACUAAAUCUGGUCAAAAUAAUAGAUGUCUAUAAUGAAGAAUUAAUUGUUAUCCAAGCACCUGUGGAGUGUGGCUACGGACUAGUAAAAAGACACAGAAAGAUCACAUUGUCUGUCCAGUACACAUCGUGUGAUGUUGCUGUGAAGCAUAAUAUGUAUUGGCUCACUGUACUAUACACACCAGCCAAAGGCCCUGAAUUGUCUCUGAACAUGAGCUGCCCUGAAGUCAGCCCACUGUGA